AUGUAUGACCAGGAGGUAGAACUUUCAACUGAAGACUUAGGGUAUAAGAACAAAGGAGACGACAUCAAAGUCACUGGACAAGAUGGUAGUGUGAUCCACUUCAAGGUGAAAAUGACUACACAUUUCAAGAAACUCAAAGUAUCAUACUGUCAAAGACAGGGAAUUCCAAUGAAUUCACUCAGGUUUCUCUUUGGAGGUCAGAGAACUGCUGAUAACCACACUACAAAAGAACUGACAAUGGAGGAAGAAGAUGGUAUUGAGGUUUAUCAGGGACAACCAGGGGCUCAUUCAACAGUUUAG